CCUCUCUCUCUUUUUCUCUCUUCUUCUUCCUCUGUGCUUCUUCUCGGCAAAAACACACCAAUUCUGCUCCAAUUUCAUUAUAACUUCUCUCCAAUUUCUCCAAAAACGAGUCCAGCAAUGCAUGAUCUUCCAUUUAAACCAAAUUUCGACUCCUAACGCCGUCGUUUUCGCCGACUAAACCGCUCGCGAAGAAAAUGCUUCAGGCAAUGGAGAGCUCCUUCAACAAUGGCGGUGGCUUCUCACAGUUUCAGAGCUGCGGCGACAGCAGCGAGGAGGAGCUCUCGGUGCUGCCACGUCACACCAAGGUGGUGGUUACAGGCAAUAACAGAACCAAGUCCGUUCUCGUCGGCCUCCAAGGCGUCGUCAAGAAGGCCGUCGGGUUAGGCGGAUGGCAUUGGCUGGUCCUUACAAAUGGCAUAGAAGUGAAGCUUCAGAGGAAUGCCCUUAGUGUCAUUGAAGCUCCUACUGGUAACGAGGAAGAUGAUGACCUUGAUUUCGAGACUGUCCAGUGGAAUGGAUCAGACAUGGCAUCUGAUGAUACUCAAAAAUCUCAAAGAUCAAGACAUAGAGUACAUAAAUCAUGUGGAUCAUCUCACAAGACUAUUUGCAGAUCUUUCUCUAAUGACUCACAAUCUAAGGGUUCUGUUUCUACUCCUCGAGGGUCAAGUUCAACAAAAAUUGAUCUUGGGAAACUGGAGAUGGCUGCUCUAUGGAGAUAUUGGCGACACUUCAAUCUUGUUGAUGACAUACCAAACCCGUCAAAAGAGCAGCUAAUAGAUGUUGUUCAGAGGCAUUUUAUGUCACAGCAAAUCGACGAGUUGCAGGUGAUUGUGGGGUUUGUUAAGGCUGCAAAGAAAAUGAAGAAUAUGUGCAAAUGAUGUAGAGGAACAUAGUCGACGCAAGCUAACAAAGAGAGACACUGGUACUCCUGGAUGUCCACUCCCCUGAUCUGAUAUCUUAACUUGAUGCAUCUAUCAAGGGCUUGUUUAUGCUUACAUGUCUGUUAAUGAGUAGAGUUGUAUAUGGAUUUAGUUUUUACCUUUCUGGUAAAAAGAAGAGGAGCAUAGCUAUUUGUAGAUAUUCAAACCAGUGAGAAAUGGGAAAGACCUCUCCGUAGGAAUUAAGAGACCCUGUGGCUUAAUAUGCAUCUAAGCCUGGUUGAAAUGUAUGUAAUUGGGAAGUGGGUUUCUCCGAAAUGUAUAUAUUCUUUAAUUCUCUUAUCCAGAAAUCUACAAUGAUCUGUGUUUUAUG